ACCCGCCGUUCCCCAAUCUUCUUGGUAUCCAGAGAACUUCGCAUCCCGGAGGAUGUCGGCGAUGGCCAUGGCCGCCGUCAGAGCUUCUUGGUGGUUUUUCGCUCCUCCCCGGUCCUUGCAGUUCUCCAAACCAUCCCUUUUCCGUUCCUCUCCAGUGAGGUUGAAUGCUUACGGAAUAUGCAUCGCUUCUGGUGCUUUGAAGCCCGGAGGUGGCGUCGUCGUUGAUGCUUUGCUGAAAGGGGGUGGAGAUAGGAAUGUCGCUGAUGUGGUGAAGCACAUCACUGAUAUGGGAAGACGGGCUUCAUCAAGAAGGGAGAUUCUCCACACUGAUUUCCUCACGCCUCCUGUGGUUAAAGAGGCAAUGUUGGCACUAGAGAAGUUAGCUGAUAUCCAAGCUGUUUCCCAAGGAGGAUAUCCACAGGCUGAACGUUGUCGCCUUUCUGUUGGACAUCCUGAUAUUAUGACUACUGAUCCUGAUACAGUUGCUGCAUUGAGCAUCUCAGGGAACUUUGGGUUUGAACCUUGUUCUCAUGGUGAUUUCCUUGGUGCAAUUCUUGGUACAGGGAUUGUGAGGGAUAAAGUUGGAGAUAUAAUAUUGCAGGGAGAAAAAGGUGCCCAUGUCCUUGUGGUUCCAGAUCUUGUUGACUUUCUUACCACAACGCUAGACAAGGUUGGUAAUGUUUCCGUGUCAUGCAUACAGAUACCACUGCUUGCUCUGGAGUAUGAACCUCCAAGGACCAAAUCAUUUACAACUGUUGAAGCAUCAGCAAGGGUUGAUGCUGUAGCUAGUGCAGGAUUUAAGAUAUCGCGUUCUAAACUUGUUGACAUGAUCAGCAACGGUGAUGUGCGGGUUAAUUGGUCUCCUGUAACAAAAAAUGGAGCCACGCUCAAGACUGGCGAUAUCGUCUCUGUCAGUGGGAAAGGGAGGUUAAAGGUAAACUUUCAAACAAAAAUGAAAAGUUCAUUGCCUGAUUGCCUAAACUUCAAGAAUCCAUGUUUUGUUUCUUUUGAUGUUUUGCCUGUAAAAUGUGAACUUUGUUUAGAGACUUGCAAAAUCUUGUCAAAGGACCAAUUACCUUAA